AAGUACAAAUUGGUCAGCAGAGCACAUUACAACAUUAAGAUAAAGAGAAGUGUCACAGGGCCACUAAGUGUUAAAAGCUAUUCUAAAUAAGUGGGUUUUAAGUUUGGCUUUGAACAAAGGCAGGUCAGUGAUGGAACAUAAGUCAAUGGGCAGAGAGUUCCAGAGUUUCGGACCGGCCACUGCAAAAAAACGGUCGCCCCACUGUUUGCACCGGGACCGGGGGACCUCCAGCAGAUGUUGCCCAGCAGAUCGUAGAGCUCUGCCGGGUCGGUGAGGGCUCAAAAUCUCACACAAAUAGGAAGGUGCAAGGCCAUUGACUGCAUUAAAAACAAAUGUCAAAAUUUUAAAAUGAAUUCUGAACUGGACAGGGAACCAGUGCAGGGAGUAUAGCACAGGUGUGAUGUGCUCGUGUUUCCGACUGUUAGUGAGCAGGCGGGCCGCAGCAUUUUGCACAAGCUGCAAACGAUGAAGACCAGCUUGGUUAACUCCCACAUAGAGCACAUUACAGUAGUCUAUGUGGGAACUAACAAAAGCAUGGAUAGCUUUCUCCAGGUCACAACGGCUCAAGAAGGGUUUAACCUUUGCUAGGAGGUGGAGCUGAAAGAAGCUUGCCCUGACCACAGAAUCAAUUUGCUUAUCAAAUUUUAGACUGCUGUCUAAUUUCACCCCCAAAUGUUUCACAACGUUUUUAAAAUGGGGGGUCAACACAACAAGACCAGGAGCUAAACACUGGGCAGGUUGGAUUUGCCAAAAACAAUACAUUCUGUUUUGUCCUCAUUCAAACAGAGAAAGUUCUGAGACAGCCACAAUUUGAUGUCAUCUAAACAUCUGUUUAUGGAUUCAAGACUGUCAGAAGAAUUAGGGACAACCGGCAGAUAGAUCUGUAAGUCAUCUGCUUACAGAUGGAAGGACACAUUGUGACUUGAAAUAACUGAACCUAAAGGCAGCAUGUACAGAAAGAAUAGAACAGGGCCCAAAAUGGAUCCCUGUGGCACACCAGAGGUCAUAGGGGCUGAAGAGGAGGAAAGGUCAUCAAUCAUAACAGAGAAUGUCCUAUCUGUUAAAUAUGACCUAAACCACUGCAGCACAGUUCCCUGAAGGCCAACCUGUUGGGCCAGACGUCUCAGAAGGACUGAAUGGUGCAUGGUGUCAAACGCAGCAGUAAGGUCCAACAUUACCAGCAGCACAGGCUUUUUUGCAUUGAGGGACAAGAGAAUAUCGUUCUGUACUUUCAGCAGAGCCGAUUCGGUGCUGUGUUGUGUUCUGAAGCCAGACUGGAAUUUUUCAAAGAUUUGAUUGUUUUCCAGAAAAGACUUUAACUGAAUGAAGACUAUUUUUUCCAAAACCUUGGACAGGAAAGGCAAAUGGGUCACAGGUCUAAAAUUUGACAGGACAGCAGGAUCAAGGUUGGGUUUUGAGGUCUGACCACAGCGUGCUUGAAAGCAGUUGGUACAGCAGUAUAACUGUAUUAUUAUACUGGUUUGACCACUUUUACCUCAGUGCAAAGGCAUUGUUAAAUAAGAUGCUAAUACAGUAACAUAAUCUAUUUAAAGUAUACAUUUAUAAUGUUUGAUUUUCUGCCCUUAGAUCAUUUUGUUUUUCAGAUUUACCAUGUGGCAGAACAGUCCAUUGGGAAUUGUGUGGCUCUGCUAAUCGCUGAUAGAAAUUUUGCUGAUAAGAAAUAACAGAACAUGGAGAAACUGCUCACAACUCUGGGAUAUGAGGUGGUGAAACACAGGGACCUCACUGGAAAGGAGAUUGAUGAUGCUCUCAUUAUGUUGUCCAAACAUCCGAAACUCAAAGAGACAGACACUGUGUUUGUGGUUAUCAUGUCUCACUGGAAACGGGAAGCCGUCUUCUGUGUCACCUUUAAAGGUGAUGAAUCAGAUGAGUUCCCUGCUGAUAACAUUUACAAACACUUGGGCUCAGAGAAAUGUCCAGCGCUGCUGAACAUACCAAAGAUCAUCAUCAUCCAGGCCUGCAGAGGAGGUGGCAGCAUGAAUCUCUGCGUGUCUGGCUGACAUCUCAGUCUGCACACCACCUGAAGCUCAACAUCGACAAGACUGAGCUGCUCUUCCUUCCAGGGAAGGCAUCUCCUAUCCAUGACCUCUCCAUAACCAUUCCUUGACUGAAAGGAACCUGGGUGUGACACGGGAUGACCAGGUGUUUACUGCCAACAUUGCUGCGACAAUCCAAUCCUGCAGAU